AUGGCAACUAGUCCUGUUCAAUCUGCUAAUCAUGCUACAUCGUCAACAGAAUCCGAAAGUCGCAUCGAUAAAGCUUACCUCAUGUCCAUUCGUGGCAUUCUCAAAUAUGCGUGUUUGUUAUUUUGUUUUACUUCAUUUAUUUGUGUGGUAUCAACACCACAAUGUAGUGGCAAUCAUGUAUUUCUUGCUGUCGUCACAUUUCUCGUUAUGAUAAUGCAAAUGAUAAUUAUAAUUAUUUAUGUUUUUCGUUUGAAAACAAAAUUUCCUGGUAUUGAUUUUGAACUUUUGGAUCUCUUUGCAACAUCUUCUGAUGCUUUGUAUCUGCUGAUUGCAUCAAGUGUGGUUAUUCAUUAUUGCCGAAUUCCAGGUCAACUUGCUGGAGGAGCCAUGGGAGUUGUAGCAUUUUUAUUUUUGGUUAGUGAUGCUGUUAUUAUAUUCUUGGCUCAACGUAAAGAAACAGUUAGUGAUACGAAUAAUCAUGGCACACGAUAA